AUGCUCCCAAAUGUCAAGCUGGCGAACUUGUCUGUCCUGUGUCGGCUCACGGUUGUCGUUGAGCUUGCUGAUCACCAAGACGAUACCGAAGAGCUAAGUUUCUUGAAAGACGAGCCCUGGAGUACCCUUGCUACCUUCUUCGUGGCGCUGCGCAAGCGUCCCGACAGUGUCCCCCCACUCGAGUACAUCGAGCUUCAGCUCGAACUGUCUCGAUCCAUUAGAAACAACGACGGAGACCAGAUAAUGGCCGAGGUGCGGCGCGUAUUCUCACACCACCAGCGAUUUGUAUAUCGAGCGGACACGGAGCUUAGUCGUCUCAUAGAUGAUGGUCUCGUCGAGUCUGUCAAAGUCCAGUGGAGGGGAGGCAUACAGUGGAAAAGAACGUGGACUCUCCAGCAUCACAGCUGCUUGAACGUGCCCAUUGUGCGCGCAUUCCCUCAGCUGGACAAGAAAGACUGCCUUCGUCUUCUUCAUGAAGUUUGCGAGUGCGAUGGAUGA